AUGCUCAUCCAAGAGUCUCACGUCGAUGUCCCCACUACGGCCGAUGGCCAGGGGACGAUGCGAAUCUACAUCUACCACCCUACUAUCCCGGGCUACCCCAAUGCCCGAUUCCCAGGCGUAGUCGUCUUCAGCGAGAUCUACCAAGUGACUGGUCCUGUUGCACGCUUUGCGCGACAGAUUGCCGGUCAGGGUUAUAUUUGUGCGGCUCCGUCUAGUUAUCAUGAGUUUACGGGUCCGGAGCCUCUUAAGUAUGAUGCGGAGGAUACGGAUAAGGGGAACGCGUGGAAGAUUGGGAAGAAACUAUCCGCCUACGACGAAGACGCCAGUCUCUCGGUAGACUAUCUCCUCUCACUGCCGACAUGCAAUGGCCGCGUUGGCGCGACGGGUAUGUGUCUGGGUGGCCAUCUUGCGUAUCGGUGUGCGUUGGAUAGUCGCAUUAAGGCGGCGGUGUGUUACUUUGCGACCGAUAUCCAUAGUAAGACUUUGGCGCUGGGGAAGAAUGAUGAUAGUCUUGCCAGGGCGGGGGAUAUUAAGGGGGAGUUGUUGAUGAUCUUCGGCAAAAAUGACAACCAUGUCCCGCCAGAGGGACGGGACUUGAUCCGCAAGACCCUGCAUGAGAAGGGCGUUCUUUUCAGUUUCUACGAAGUCGCUUGGGCACAACAUGCCUUUAUCCGAGAUGAGCUUAGCAAGGGCCGGUACGAUCCUGCCAUCACCAAGGCCUGUUUCGAGAUGCUGCUGGAACUUUUCGGACGCACCUUGAAGUUGGACUUGGGCGAGCAUGAUGGAAAGAAGUUGGUUGUUGAGGAUGUUUGCUAA